AUGCCUUACCAGAUCCCAAAGGAUUCAUUGAUAGAAUUAUCUAUGCCAACUCAAAACUUGGACAAGAAAUUUUUCAGUCAAAGUUCUGUCCAGUCAAUGCCUCUCUAUACUACUAAUUGUAUGUCGUGGAAUCCAAUUGAACGAGAAAUUCCACAAUCUUCGUCCAAGGAUGCAAGCUUUAAAGUGGAAUUUAUGCCACAAGUUCAUCACGAUGCAAAGCAUUUAGGACUUCAACUGCUACCAGACCAGGGAUCAUCAUCCACAACACAAACAAUUAGCCAAUCUCAAGAUCGAUGCAAUUCAUCAGAAUCUGGUGAAGAUGAAAUAUGCGGCAAGGGUGUUGAAGGGCAAAUGAAGCCAGUUUAUUUGCUGAAUAAUCUAGAUCUCAUGUCAAAUCCUUCUCAAGUUGGUUACGGAAAUUUAAUGGGUCGUGUACCAUAUCCUUAUGCCGAUCCUUACUUCAGUGGGUUCUUGGCUGCAUAUGGACCACAGGCUAUGAUGAUCGCACCUACCCGAGUUCCAUUGCCUCUUGAUCUGGCAGAAGAUGGACCCAUCUAUGUCAAUGCGAAACAGUACCAUGGCAUCCUCAGAAGGAGACAGUCUCGUGCAAAACUAGAGGCUCAAAACAAACUUCUCAAAGCUCGAAAGCCGUACCUCCAUGAGUCUCGCCAUCUUCAUGCCCUGAACAGGGUAAGGGGCUCUGGUGGACGUUUUCUCAGCACAAAGAGGCUCCAACAAUCUGAUCAGAACCCCUCCAGUAGCACCCAUGAUGUUCCGGACUCCGUCAACUUACAUCAGAAAGAUACACAGGACACAGAAAGUCAUCACUUGGGAAGCAGUGAAUUCGUCACUGCUGUUGCAACCCACUCAGACAUAGCAAGUGUUUCCCAUACCAAUGAUAUCUUUCGGCAGCAGGAUCACAGGUUCUCAGGCAUCCCUUCCCACAUGGGUGGAGCCAUGCAAUUCCGCGGGGGGCUUAUGCGUGCUGGAACCCAGCAUUAUGCUUCAGUUGUCCGAUUCCAAUAUUCUCAUUCCUAUGAGCAGUCCUUUGCAUUCUUGCGGGUAAUUCCUUGCAUAAGAUUGGAUCUUGAAACAGAAGGAAAUUUGGGCCGGUUCAAUGUUGAAACUCAGGUUCAAGGCCAUGGAUGUGGACUUGCGCUACUUCCAAUGAAGCCUUCUUAUGAUCCCGUCAUCUUUUCACUUCAAAAGAGAGUAGUUUUUCCCAAGUUGGAAUUCUCCUUCCUAUUCAUAAACAUUAAAAAAAAAGGAAGGGAAGCUUUGAUUGAUUCUGAGGAGUUUACGAUGGAGUUGUUGGAAGAGCCUUAUAGCAUUGACUGGUGGUUCCCUUAUAUGGGAUGGGACAAGAACUUUGUUACUAGUUAUGGUCCCCAUUACACAAGUUGGAGACGGAAAUUAGAGGAACCCAAAGCCAAGCCCAGCAAGAGCAAAGCUUCACACAAAGCAAAAACCAUGGUGACGUACGUGAGCGCGCUGCUGUACGGUGUUGGAGGUCUGGUUGUGGCGGGCAUGGCAUUGCUUGUGGCCCUCCAGGAGAAGCUCGUCUACGUGCCCGUCUUGCCGGGUCUCACCAAGUCCUACCCGAUAACCCCGGCCCGGCUCCGGCUCACCUACGAGGACGUCUGGCUCCGAUCCUCCGACGGCGUUCGGCUUCACGCUUGGUUCAUCAAGCUCUUACCCGACUGCCGAGGUCCAACCCUUUUGUUUUUCCAAGAAAAUGCUGGAAAUAUUGCGCAUCGCCUUGAAAUGGUCCGCAUAAUGAUACAAAGGUUGCAAUGCAAUGUGUUUAUGCUUUCAUAUCGAGGUUAUGGAGCAAGCGAAGGAUAUCCUUCUCAGCAUGGGAUUACAAAAGAUGCUCAAGUUGCGUUGGAUCAUCUUUAUCAGAGGACUGACAUUGACACAUCUAGAAUAGUAGUCUUUGGAAGGUCACUUGGUGGCGCAGUUGGAACUGUGGUUACUAAAAAUAACCCUGAUAAGGUAGCUGCACUGAUAGUAGAAAACACUUUCACAUCUAUUUUGGACAUGGCUGGAGUUUUACUGCCUUUCUUGAAGUGGUUUAUCGGAGGCAGUAGUUCAAAAGGUCCUAAAGUACUUAAUUUCCUUGUACGUUCUCCUUGGAGUACAAUUGAUGUCAUUGGCGAGGUUAAGCAGCCAAUCCUCUUUCUCUCUGGCUUGCAAGAUGAGAUGAUUCCCCCGUCCCAUAUGCAAAUGCUGUAUGCCAAAGCAGCUGCUCAUAAUAGGCGAUGUGUUUUUGCGGAAUUUCCUACUGGCAUGCAUAUGGAUACUUGGCUCGCUGGUGGUGAUCAUUAUUGGAGAACGAUCCAGGAGUUUCUUCAACAACAUGUUCAAGAGAAAAAAGAUGAUGAAUCAUCUAACAAUGAUAUUGGUAAGAUUCUGGGUAAUGAAAUAUUCCAAAACCUUACACAGUCAGAGGCACACACAAAAGAUGAUUUCUGGCUGAGUUCCAACUAA